AUGCUAACCUAUGGUCAUGAUGCAGUGUUAUCCAUGGAGGUGGUGGUGAGGUCAUUGAGAGUAGCUAAGCAGAAUCAUUUGACUCCAGAAGAUUACAAUGAAACCAUGAUGAUGGAGUUAGAAAAUCUAGAAGAAGGGAGACUUCAGGCUUUAAACAAUAUGAUAAUACAGAAGAAGAAAGUCUCCAGAAGCUACAACAAGAAAGUUAGACCUAAGACAUUUCAAGAAGAUGAGCUAGUAUGGAAGUUGAUCUUACCCCCUGGUACUAAAGAUAGAGAAUAUGGGAAAUGGUCUACUAAUUGGGAAGGGCCAUUCUUAGUCCACAAGGUGAUGAAGGGGAAUGCGUAUUGGCUAUCAAGUUUAGAGGGUGAGCCUCAUAGAAAAUUUAUUAAUGGAAAGUACUUGAAGAAAUACACUCCCACCAUCUGGGAGAAAUACAACUUAUAA